CGUUGGUUCAUCCUCCAAUGGCCGCUGUGGCCGACGCGUUGCGGCUGGCACACCGCGCUGAUCCGAAGCAGGGAACCAGGUGCUUCUCCUGGUCUCCCAUGCAUGUGCAGAGCCCAAGCACUUGGGCCAUCCUCCACUGCACUCCCGGGCCAUAGCAGAGAGCUGGCCUGGAAGAGGGGCAACCGGGACAGAAUCUGGUGCUCUGACCGGGACUAGAACCCGGUGUGCUGGCACCGCAAGGUGGAGGAUUAGCCUAUUGAGCCGCGGCGCUGGCCUUCAAAUAAAUAAAUUUUAAAAAGAGCUAUGUGACUUUAAAAUAUAUUACAAGGCAUAGUAAUUAAAUCACCUUGGUUUGGGCAAAAAAGUCUAUCUGGAUCUCCCACAUGUGCGGCAGGAAGACAGUUACCAGGACCAUCAUCUGUUGCAUUCCCAGGGACAUAAACAGAAAGCCAAGACUAGAACCGGCACUCCAAUAAAGAUGUGAGCAUACCAAAAAGCUGCUUAAUCCACUGCACCAGAACCCCCACCCCAAAAUCAUAGAUUUUGUAGUCAAUGAGACCCCUCAAGGAUUCAGGUAGAAGGCAUGGUAUCAAAGAAGGAUGAGAACAUUUGUGUUCAGCAAAAGCACUCAGUGGAACAUCAUGCAGUUUUAGAUCUCCUCUUUGCCCAUGUUGAGAGUUUGUGUAUGAUGCUGAACAAAACUGAAUGAGACACUUACCUGUCCCUUGAUUUACCAACAGAGAAAGCUCAAUUUAAAAAAUGGCUACUACUGCAAUUUCUCUGAAACUGCCACCAAAUAGAUCAAGGACAUUUCUCAGGGGGGAAACAUAUUGUUUAUAGGAACAGCUAGCUGUUGAUUUGGAAGAAUCCGGAAUAGUGGAUAGCAAAUAUGGCUAUUCUAAGAUUUUCUAAUAUUUUUGUCCCUUUCAGUUGGUCUCCAGGUUACUGUGACUUGUACUACCAGUGUAACUGCAAAAAUGGUUAUCUCUUUAAAUCAGGCUAUCUUAUAGUUAACAUAAUGGCCAUGGAACGCUGGACACACUGUGACCAAUUAUAUCCAAACAAUGUAAAACUGUCUUGCCUGAACUUUGAGCUUUUGGAUUUUGAUCAGUCCAGUUCCUGGAGAUUUAAGUAUACUUCAGAUUCAAAGUAAUUUUUUAUCAGGACUCAACACAAGACACAAUCAGACUUCCUUUUAAUCACCUGACUUUUUUUAAAAAAGGGAGAACAAAAACAAAAUGAAAGUGAAACGGAGUUCUUUAUUUCCUGCCUCUCCGAGGAUAAAUACAGUCCCAAUUCACACAUAGAGAACCUAACGCCCAACGCCGGGCUGGAGCUCUGAAUCAGCAACCUACCACCCUCUGGGAAGGAGCUCACUCCACCAGAUCUCUCUGUGGCAGCUAGGAACGUGGCCUCAAGGAGACAGCCAUGGCCACAGCAGGACACACCCAUGAUGAACAUCUGCUCAGAGAUGGAAGGAAGCAAGAUCUCCAAGAGAUGCUGAGAGAAGCUGGACUGGCUGUUGAGUACUGGUUGCCAAAGCUGCAGGAACACUUAGGUGUGACCUCUGCCCAGGCCUUGCAACACCUUGGUGAAGAGGACCUCCAGAAGCUGAAAUCCCAGGCACAACAUCCAUGGGAGAAAAGGGCCCUGGAGAAACUGCUGGAACUGUCACAGUCUGGUCUUUCAGAGUCAGAGCAGUCUUCUGUGGAGCUGAUAAACCAAAAGCAGAUGCAGGCACAACAGGCCCUGCAGGGACUGAGAGACUUGCUGUCAGAAGGUAGGCAGAGACAGGAAGAGGCAGUGAGGAGAAGGGAAGCAGAGCUGAGGCAAGCAAUGGAGAUCCCUGAGGAAUACUUGCCACCACCUGAAAAGCCCCCUCAGGAAGUCAUGGAAAACUUGCAGAGACAACUCAAGGUCACAGAAGGGACACUGUCCCACAGGCAAAACCUCCCAGAUAGAGAUCUGGUGAGAUGGGCAUCUGGAGGGCUGGCCCUGCAGGGAAUUUUCAAAACCAGCCACCAAAGGGGUCUGCUGGAGAAGAGAGAGGAGCUACUCAGUGUGCCCAAGGAGUUCUCACUCUUUGGCCCUGAGCAGAGUACAUGGAUGGAAACAAAAGAAUUCACCUCUUCUCAAGCACAGUCCAUGUUCACUCAGAGUAUAGAGAAGCUGGGCUUCAGCUUAACUACAUCUGCUAAGGGUGGAGGUUGGGGAUUUAGUCUAGAGGCUGGUAUGGAUCACAGAAAACACUCAGAAUCCAAGGAAAUCCGAAGAUCACAUUGUGAGCACUCUUAUUUUUGCUCAACCAAGUUCAGCUAUAUCCCCUUGGCCUCCUGCCACUUCUCCAUGGAUCAGCUCCAGUUAUCCACGGCUGCUCUACAGGAACUGAAGUGCAUUGAAGACCUCCUGGAUCAGUCUACUGGCCCAGACAAAAUCCGCAUGCUGAGGUGCAGAACUGAAAACUUCUUCCACAGGUUUGGCUCUCAUGCUAACCAAGGCCCUCUGCACCUGGGAGGCAUCUACUGGUGGAAGGCCAUUUCAGAAGGUUUCCAAAGUGGGCAACUGGAAGAAGUGAAACAGCAGUCAGCCGAGGCCCUGGAUAGCUACAUCAUGGGCAGCUACAGUGGCUUUGGAGUGAAUGUUGUUGCAGGUGGGAAUGUGUCCAACAUGCAUUCAAAAACAGACUCUCAGACAAAAACUGCCCAAAAUCUCCAAACCAAAGUGCAAUUGUCUGUGGCCCAGACAGGUGGCCCACCAGAAGCAGAUGGAUUCGUGCAAUGGAAAGCUGGCCUCGUUGCCAGCAAUCAAACCUGGUGUGUCAUUGAUCGGGGACAUCGGCUAGUACCCAUUUGGGACAUCAUCCUCUUUAGCCACAGAAAUGAUUUUAGGAAUGCCCUCCAGGUGGCUAAGUGCCUGGAAGACACCUAUGCUGCUGUGACGAGCCUAAAUGUCCAGAUCCAGGAUGGGGAGGAAAUACUGAGUGCUGGGAAGGAGGCUACAGUUUUCCUAGAAGAUGUGAAAUCCUGGGAAGUAUCUGAUCCUGAAGAGCAGCUUAAAAAAUUAAUAAAUUUCAUGCAGAUGCUGAAUCAAAAAGUGAAAGGUUAUGACAUGUGGAUUAACACAUGUCUUACAAAUUGGGAUCUGCAGAAUUUUCUAGUAAAAACCGUAAGUUUUUGCAAGAAGUUCCCCACUUAUAAAACAAAAUUUAUUAAAUCUCAGUUGCGCAGUCUUCUGGAUCCACACAUCUACAAAGUGACAAACUUUCCUGAGGCUCACUCCAUCAUGCAGUGGAUCUUCCAGGCAGAGACUGAGCCAGAGCAAGUUACUAUCUCCCAAUUUUCUGAAUUAGUUAAAAUUCUAACAAAAACAUACGAUGAACUCAUGGACUUGAAGUUCAAAUCUGAGUCCCCAGAGACAGUAGAAGACGCUCACAGAAAGGCCAAUUAUGAAAUCAGCUUGGCUCUCAGCUGCUUCUUAAAUUACCUCCAAGAAGCAGGACAGACAGACACACACCUCUUGUUACUUUCCAUUGCAGCUGCUGCAGGAUAUCAAAUGGUACACAAUACUUUUCAGUGUUUGGGGAGUGACGAGAUAAACUUCCUACUGAAUGAAAUGCAGGCUGCCCAGAAUAAAUACCAGGAGCUCAAAAGUAUUUGCAGCUACAGGGCUCAGGCAUUCCUGAUGCUCACAGGUCUGACAGCCACAGUUGGAGUCACAGCUAUUUCUCCAGAAGAGAAAAAACAACGCCUGGCAUUAAUGAGACAACACAUUGGACAAUCAUUGUCUGAAGAGGUUGCCCAUGUCCUCACCAAGCCUAGAGUAGAUGAUGAUUGGCAGAAUCUAGAGAAAGACCUGAGGUUGCUCAUUGAUGGGGAUUAUGAAGCCACAAAGCCAACUUUGCAAAUGGAUGACGUGAGAAAACAAUUGGAAAAUAUCGUCCAUGAGAAGAAACAACCCCAUGAACCACAUGAAAAUGAAAAUACAAAAAGGGAGGUGAUAGAAAAUGGACCCUUCCUAGACCUACUGCAGCGGCUAGGCUUAGAGCAUUACUACCCAAAAAGAAUGAGCAGAGCUAACUUCCAUCAGAUCUACAACACUUCUGUGUGCAACUCCCAGCCCAGCUCUGAACAGGACCUUCCCUUUUAUUUCCUGCAGAAGCUGCUGAUGCUGGAUUACAGCCUGAGACACCUGGUCUUCAAAGAUGAUAGAGACACAGAUCACCAGGUUGACUCAGGAGCUUCCAAUCAAGAAAAUGAGGAUUCUGAUCCAUAUGAAGACUUUUUUAAAGAUGGACCUAGUUCCACUAAACCUUCAGCCACAAAGUCAUACCAGCCCACUAAGACUCACAUUCACCCAAUGGAUAUUCAGAUGGCAAUUUUUCACUGUGCAGAUGAUUUUGCCAGGCAAUAUAUUUUAACCAAGCUUUCCAUUUGUCAAUUUGCCCUCCCCCUUCUGGUGCCAAAUCCGUGCACUUCUCAAAUUGAAUUCUCCCUCUGGUCUCUCAGGCAAAUCAGGAGAAGUUGGCAGCAAGUCAGCAAAUCACUAGCUGGGAAGAACAAUUACAAGAAUCAACAGAUGUGUUGUGUCUCUACCUCCAUUGUGUCCUUCAUUAGAGUUGGAAAUGGCUUAUCUGCUUCCAAAUCUCAAGUCAUGAACUGCAUUCUAAGUAAACAUAAACAUGAUGUGUUUUUUCACCGCCACUGCAGAGGAAGUACAAAAGACUGUCUCUUGAUGGGGGGUGUAGUGGAAAUCUACUGGUUCUGUCCUGGAGCGGGGAAUGAGAAUAGAUUUGACAACUGUGUGACCUUCGCCAAUCUUCAUGGAGAUGCAAAGGAACACAAGAGGCAGAUCAGCUUCCUGCAGGAAAUCUCUUCUCUCAUUGUGGUCCUCAUGUCUGUUUCUGAUGACAAUGAAGAAAAUCGGAAGAUUGUCCGUGAUCUAUACAAGUCAUCAAGGCCCUUGAUCUUCUUGCUUGAUGACAAAGAAAAAACCAUGGCCAAAAACCCUGGUCAAAAAGUGAGUAUUGGCAUCAGGAACAGAAAUGAGGCAGAAUUGACAGAGGAGAUCACAACUGCUAUCCGACGUUUGUUACAACCCAUUACCACUGCUCUCAGCUUAGAGGACUGUUCCCAAAUUGCUCGCAAGCAAGGAUUCCUUAUUGACGAAGACCAGAGAGACUGCAAGGAAGCCAAAAAAAAGGCACAGACGACACUGGAACACCUGUCAGCAAUGAAGUUACCUCAGAUUAAGGAAAACGUACUGCCCCUUCAAGGACAUCUGUGGCAACUUUGGUGUAAGAAGGACAAAGAACUCUACCAUCUGAGAGAGAAGGGGAAUCGGAGCAUUGAACAACACAAGAGUGACAUUGAAACCGAGAAGCAACAAAUAAGGCAAGAUCAAUUGAAGAGGGCAUUUCCCCUCAAUACUUUCAUGCAAUCUGUCCUUGACAUUCUCCAAGAACAUACAGGAACUCAGACCAAACGCUUCUUCUUACAGUGGCUGAAUAUGUUUUUGGAAACUUUGACUGCAGGACACUUAGAAAAACUGUGUGAGAGACAAAGAUCACUGUGGUUUCAGCCACAAACAGAAAAAAAGAUGUCCAACAGUAACUCUCCAAGUGACUUGCAAAAUGCAAUAGAAGCCAUUUCCAAAGAGAUUAGUAAUUGUACGCUGGGAAUUGAUCAAAUACUCAGAGAGGUUGGCCAGAUCUAUGAAGCUCUGGAAGAAGCUUCUAACACAAGGGAUACUCUCUUUCUCCACCUUCCACAAAUUGCUGCAGAUCUGAUGAUAUCUGGUGUUCCCAUUGAGCUGAUGGAUGGGGAUACUUCAUAUGUGCCUCUAAAGUGGGUGGUAGCUGUUUUUGACAAGCUUGCUGAGAAACUUGGAGACAAAAAGGUGUUUGUUCUCUCCAUCCUUGGCCUGCAGAGCUCAGGGAAGUCCACUCUGCUGAAUGCACUUUUUGGGCUGCAGUUCACAGUCAGUGCAGGCAGGUGUACACGGGGAGCCUACAUGCAGCUCCUGAAGGUGGAGGAGAAAAUCACAGGGGAACUUGGCUUUGACUUUGUGCUUGUGGUGGACACUGAAGGCCUCCGGGCACCAGAGUUCAGCAAUAAAUCCCAGAUCCGAGACAAUGAGCUGGCAACCUUUGUCAUUGGACUAGGAAACUUGACUCUGAUCAAUAUUUUUGGAGAGAAUCCAUCAGAGAUGCAGGAUAUCCUACAAAUAGUUGUCCAAGCCUUUCUGAGGAUGAAACAGGUGAAAAUCUCACCAAGUUGCCUGUUUGUCCAUCAGAAUGUGGAGGAAGUUACAGCUGAAGAUCAAAUGAUGGAGGGACGAAGGCGAAUGCAGCAGAGACUAGAUGAAAUGGCAAAAUUAGCAGCAGAACAAGAACAGUGCUCAGACAUAAACCGUUUCAGUGAUGUCAUUAAGUUUGAUGUCAACACUCACGUGUACUAUUUUGCUCACCUCUGGGAUGGCAAUCCCCCAAUGGCCCCUCCUAAUCCUCACUACAGCCACAAUGUCCAUGAACUAAAAAGCACAAUUCUUACGACUGCCAAAGAGGAAUCCAAGGGAAACAUCAUGAAGAUAUCAGAUGUAAAAUUCCGUAUUCAAGAUUUGUGGAGAGCUCUGGUGAGUGAGAACUUUAUUUUCAGUUUUAGAAACACCAGGGAGGUCAUGGCUAUGAGCAAACUGGAAACUAUGUAUAACCACUGGACCUGGCAACUGAGGAGUCAUGUGCUGAACUUGCAGAACCAACUCAGAAAACAGAUCGAGAAUGGAAAAAUCCAGACACUCACAACUAACAUAAUACAGGCUCCAGUUAUAGAAAAAUAUGAAGACAUCAAGCAAGAAUUUGAAAAGUUUUUUUGUGAAGAUCCAGAGAGUGAAAUACUGAUUCAAUGGAAAGUAAAUUUUGAACAUAAGCUCACUAUGCUUAAAGAGACACUUAUUUCAGAUAGCCAAAGCAAAGCUAAUGAACUUAUCAGUUUAAAAGAGAGUCAAGAAAGGCUGAAUAAGAAAAUGAUAAAUUAUGAAAGAGAACUAUUGGAAAAGAGCAGGAAAUUGGCUUUAGAUUUAAAGGAUAAAGAGUUAAGUGAGAGAGAGUUACAGGAGAAAUUUAAUGAACUAUGGGUAAAAUGGGUCUAUGAUGUGCCCUCCAGCAACAAUCAAGUCAAAGAACCUACCAUUGAUUCGGACUUUGAAAGUAUACCUUUAGAUCAUUUUUCAAAAGAGACCAAUUUGGUGCAAGCACUGAUGAAAAAUCCUAGAAAGAAGUUUGAAAUCAAUUAUGAUGAACAUGUCAAAAUGAGUAAGAGAUACUACUUUUUCACAAACCAUUUAGAGACCCAUGAUAGAGAGUCAAUAAAAAUGACUCACGAACACAUUAUUAAAAAAUUUAAUGCAAUUAUUAACAAAUAUUGGAGGGAAUAUAGUGAUUAUGAUCCAAGUUAUUUCCAUGAAAUACUGAAGCUAGUAGAUGAUGAAGUGAAAAAGGGAACUACAGAGGAAAGAUACACAUUUACAAGAAAAUAUAUCAUUGAAUUAACUUUGUGCUUAUUCAAAAGAGCAUCAGAGGAAUUUAAGGAAAUACACAAGGCAUUUAAGAGAGCCAAUGAUCCUGUGUACUAUCUAGAAUGUAGGAAAGAUAAUUUCUUCAUGAGUUUUAAAAUCUCCUGCCAAGGAGCAACUUCCAUCACAACAUUUGUUGAUUUUCUGUGGAACAAGCUAACUCCAAGUGUUGGCAGCUCCACACUGGAAAAUAUGAGCCUUAAAAUUGCUGGAGACAUGAGAAAUAAUUGCCCUGAAUUCAAUGGAAACAGAGCUAACUUAGAGAAACACAUUCUCAUCUCUCUGGCAGAGGAAGAAAACUUUGAAAAGUACUGGCAAUACCUUCAUGAUCCAGAAUCAUUUUUUAGGAGUUACAUUGAAACUGAAAUCAUAAAAUACUGUUCAGGAACAGGGAGAAAAAAAAUAAAGACUCUUUUAAAAAUAAGUUUAGAAGACAUCAAGAAUGCCCUCCUUUGUUCCAUUCACGAAUCCACAGCAGAAGCUAAAGACAAAAACAGCACCGCAUCUGAGUGGCUGGAUCUAUUCUGUGGUCUCCUGGAGAGCAAACUGAUGUUUCCACGAAGUGACUUGAUAAGCAUUGAACACCAGGAGAUUAAAGACAUGGAAUUUCUCAAGGAAGCCAUGAGUGCAGCUUUGGAUCCUGCAAUGAAGAAAGUAGAAGAAGAAUUUUUGAGGAUGCCUGGAGAAGUACUGGUUCCUCCAGUUGUGCAAAUGCUCUCUAAACAACUCUGUGGCUGCUGGAAACAAUGUCCCUGCUGUGGAGCAAUCUGUACAAACACAAUUCCUACUCAUGAGGGAGACCACAGUGUUCCCUUCCACCGCCCUCAGGCACUCAAGAAAGUUACAUGGGAUGAAACAGACAACUUUGUCAUUGAUUGCUGUACUAGUUUGGUGUCAAGUGAUUGCUUAUUAGUUCUCGGUGAUGGCAGGAAAAUCCCAUACAAGACCUAUAGAGAAGCAGGAGGGGAAUAUGCCACAUGGAACAUCACUCCAGAUUCAUCCACACAGCCCUAUUGGAAAUGGUUUGUCUCUCACUUCAGAUCAAAUCUAGAAGAAAAAUAUGGGAAAAAAUUUACAGGUAAAGGUAAAAUCCCUGAGGCCUGGGCCAAAAUCACAAAGCAGGCUGUGCUUGAUGACUUGAAAAAAGUGUCACACUUAGUGUUAACAAAACAGCCAGCGGAACAUCAUAUUGUCUUCCUUGACCUUGUGGGUGAGUGUGGCCAGAGAGCUCUGUUCAGUUCUUCAGGGAUAAGAGUGUGCCUAAGGUGACACACCCAGAUUUGGCAUGGUAAAUCCCUUUCUCUCCCCCCCCCCCCCCAUGAAGGCAUCAUGUUGUAUUCUUUAUUGUUUCUUGAAUUGGUGUGUUUAUUUUUUGGCAUUUGUGGAGGGACUCAUUGGUUUCUUCUUUCUUUUUGGCUGUGGUAGUUUUAUCUUUAGACUAUGUCUGUGUGAAUUAGUGGAGUGUCUGCUUUCAUGGAAUAUCAAAGGGUUGUGGUGAGAGUGGCCAGGGAGCUCUGUUCAUCACGCCAGGUUGAAGGCAGUGUUAAGUUGACAUCCAGGUUGAGUGUGGUAAAUCUCUCUCUUUUUUUUUUUAAUCAGAGGGGAAGUUUUUCUGUUCUGUUGGUGAAGACUCAGCACAUUUCCUCUCCUCAAAGGAGACCAUUGCCUGUGCGCUAGCCCCAGUGGGUAUAAUAUUCAUCUGCACGUCCACAAGGACCACACAAAGGAUCUAUGCAGUCCUCAGUGUAAGCUGAAUCCCCAACAAUAUUCCUCACCAGGAUACCAGGUAGCCCUGAGCAUGUGCAACCUCCCACAAUGACUGCCCAAAGUCCCAGCCACACCCUGAGCCUUCCCACACAGCCUCAGUGUUUUGAAAGCCCCUCAGUCUCAGUGUUUUCACAGUCCUGGGAUACAAGCCGUACACAAGCCUCCCACAAUCACAAGCACCCAGCCUCCCAUCAGUUUUCCUGGCCAGACUCAGGAGUUUCCACUCGGCUGGUUGCUGGGUGGGACAUGUGCUGGUGCAGCUGUUAUGCAUGUCUCUAUUAGCUUGUUACAGGAUGCCAUUGCAGGGUGAUCAGGGAGAGAGAAACGCGCCCCCUCCCUUUUUUUCUUCUCUACUUUGGCAAGUACAUGAUCCCCAACAGGGCUCCAAACUGGAUUCCCUCCAGUCAUUUCCUGUAGCUUUAUCACCAGAGACUUUGGCAGCUGCAGUCUGGUCUUACCUCUCUCCAAGCUGGUACAGAGACUCUCAGUUGCUGGGGCCCUGACUUCUGCACAUCCAAACCCUCCAAGUAGGUCUGCUGUGUCCCCCUAAUUUGUGUGGAGUUUCCUCUGCCAUUUUCUCCCUAACUCUUCUCUGUGACUGCACCUGCACCCUCUCCACUUUUUUUUAACUAUCUUCUCCUAGACUAGAGCGGUAAGCUCUGUCCCUACUCCGCCAUAUUCCCAGGAG